UGGGGUCCCUGCGAAAUCCCUGUCGACGAAUGGGGUUCCCCUCCACAUUCCGGAAUCGGGCUCCGUCAUUCUCAUUAGAGACAACGAGGCCACUAGCGAUGAACAGAAAGGAAACCGUGACUCGUUCCCUAAUCUCUGAGAAGGCAUCUGCGCUGGUGUGUGUUCACGGAGGAUCGUGAAUGAAUCUCAGAACACCCGUCUUGUAUAUCUUACCUCAAACCAUAUGGACCCGGUCCAGAAGGCAGUCAUUAACCACACGUUUGGAGCCCCGCUGAUCAGAACCAAGCGAGCAGUGAUCUCCUGCAACGUGUGUCAGAUCAGAUUCAACUCUGAGAGCCAAGCAGAGGCUCAUUACAAAGGAAACAGGCACGCCCGCAGAGUCAAAGGGAUCGAGACCUCCAAGAGCCGGCCCAGGGAGAGCGACAAGCCCCUUCUGCCUGCCUCCACCCCCUCCCCCUCCCCUACCUCCACUAGCAGCCUGGGCGAGGCCAGCAGGGCAGAUUAUCAGCCCCUCCUACAGAUGGAAGUCUCCACCCCUGCUCCGCCUCCAGCUCCAGUUGCUCCGCCUCCAGUUCCGGAAUCCCCAGUGCCGCUGCUGCCUUUGCCCAUGCCAGGGGGCGCUCUCGUCUCUUCUCUCCCCUCCCAGGGGGGCUCUGCCGGGGCCAGAACCCCUCAACCGGACCCUGCAGGGGUCCCCAACGGCUCUCCCCUCACCCCCACCCCAGAAUCUGAGGAGGAGAAGGCGAAGAAGCUGCUGUACUGCGCUCUGUGCAAAGUGGCCGUCAACUCCCUGUCUCAACUAGAGGCGCACAACAAGGGUGAGAGAUACAGAUCAUUUCCCUGUUCUUACACUAGUUAGAUCAC